CUAAAAUUUAUAUUUAGAAGAAGAAGAGAAUGAGAGGAGAGAGAAGGCAAAUGUUUUUGCACGACUACCCUGAACUGUACUGUGCCACGGAGCGCGACGAUCUCAUCUUCCAGCAACGGUCGCAGAUUGUACACUGGAUUGUUGAGCAAUUGACAAAAAAAGAGUUCGAGCUGGAGACUAUGUCUCUUGGAGUUAGCCUUCUGGACCGUUUCCUAACAAAAGGGUUCUUCAAGAACAAAAGACACCUUCGAAUUUUCGGUAUAGUUUGUCUUUCAUUGGCCACCAGAAUUGAAGAAAAUCAGCCCUAUAACUGUGUCAGGCAAGAGAAUUUCUACAUUGGGAACAACAUGUACAGCAGAUGCAAAGUGGUGCAUGGCCAUGGAAUGGCUGGUGCAGGAGGCCCUUACCUUCCAAUGUUUCUUGCCCACCAUCCACAACUUCAUGUGGUUACUCCUUUCCCUUCUUCGCAUGCUUUGUACUUGAUGCAGGUAGUAAGAUUCGUAUAUUGUCUUGGACAUGAGCAGAGAGCCCAAUUAGUUUUCUUUCAUAUCACCUGUAGUUUAGGAUGUCUGAUAGAAUUUUGUCCUUUUCCCAUGCUGAGUAUUAGGUUCUACAUGAAAGCUAUUAAGAGGGCCAGAUACUUGGGAGUGCUGGCGCUGUCAGACCAUGAGCAACUUAUGCAUUGGCCCUCAACAGCUACGUUGUCAUUCUCGCUUCUCUAGAAAGCAAUGAAAUUGUAUCCUAUGGACGAGUUAUUGAGGUUUAAAUAUUUGCAAUACAACUGUGCCCGAUUAGCAAAAAAGAACGAUUUGGGCUGUUAA